UUUAAGCCAUAAGGGCAUAAGGCAACCUAAAUUUCUCCACUUUCAAUUCGUAGCUACAUCGAGGUUCAGAAACAAAAUUCGAAAUAGAGAGAGAGAGAGAGAGAGAGAGAGGUAUGGAAUCUCAAGACCUCUCCACAAUUCCGCUUAUUUCGAAGACCAGAGAUGACGCCGAAGACCAUAGCCGCCCCUCAACUUCAUAUUCGUUGUCACAGGUUUUGGCAUCGAGUUCUCAAUCUUCUGCUCAUGACUUUUCGGAAUCCGAAAUCUCUCCGAUUAAACAGGUGGCUCUGACGGUACCCACAACCGACGACCACACCCUCCCCGUGUUGACCUUCCGGAUGUGGGUUCUAGGAACAGUUUCAUGCAUUCUUCUCUCCUUCCUCAACCAGUUCUUCUGGUACCGGACAGAGCCUCUAACCAUCACUGCAAUAUCAGCUCARAUCGCUGUGGUCCCUCUUGGGCGUCUAAUGGCGUCGAUGAUUACCAAUCGUGUCUUUUUCAAGGGUUCCCGGUGGGAAUUCACACUGAAUCCUGGGCCCUUUAAUGUCAAAGAGCACGUGUUGAUCACCAUCUUUGCCAACUCCGGAGCCGGGACGGUUUACGCCAUACACAUUGUCACCGCUGUUAAGAUCUUCUACAAGAAGAACAUUACCUUCUUUGUCUCCCUUAUCGUUGUUAUAACAACCCAGGUGCUGGGGUUUGGUUGGGCUGGGAUCUUCCGGCGGUACCUGGUGGAGCCGGCAGCAAUGUGGUGGCCUGCCAAUCUCGUUCAGGUGUCAUUAUUCAGGGCCCUACAUGAAAAGGAAGAGAGAGGCAAAGGUGGGCUGACGCGUACUCAGUUCUUCCUGAUUGCCUUCAUCUGCAGCUUUGCCUAUUAUAUCUUCCCAGGUUAUCUCUUCCCAAUGUUAACCUCCCUAUCUUGGGUAUGUUGGAUUUUUCCAAAAUCCAUUCUAGCCCAACAACUAGGGUCGGGUCUUUAUGGGCUUGGGCUGGGUGCCAUUGGAGUUGAUUGGUCAACCAUUUCGUCCUACCUUGGAAGCCCACUUGCAAGCCCAUGGUUUGCCACCGCUAAUGUUGGCGCUGGGUUCUUCAUCGUUAUGUAUAUCCUCACUCCCAUCAUGUACUGGCUGAAUGUGUACAAAGCCAAAACAUUCCCCAUAUUCUCUGAAGAUCUCUUCACAUCCUCGGGCCAGACCUACAACAUCUCCAGCAUCAUUGACUCAAAUUUCCAUCUCGACAUCCAAGCGUACGACAAGAAUGGGCCUCUCUACCUCAGCACUUUCUUUGCCAUGACCUACGGCGUUGGCUUUGCAGCUCUGACGGCGACCAUUGUUCAUGUUCUCCUCUUUCACGGCAGUGAAAUAUGGGAGCAGAGCAAGUCAGCCUUCAAAGAGAAGAAGAUGGAUAUACACACAAGGCUAAUGAGAAGGUACAAUCAAGUCCCCGAGUGGUGGUUCGUGUGCAUCCUCGUGGCUAACAUUGCAGCUACCAUCUUCGCUUGUGAGUAUUACAAUGAUCAACUUCAGUUGCCAUGGUGGGGUGUGUUGCUGGCAUGUGGCCUCGCUAUUUUAUUCACUCUCCCCAUCGGUAUCAUCACUGCUACUACCAACCAGACACCAGGUUUGAACAUCAUCACAGAGUACAUAAUUGGAUACCUGUAUCCAGGUCGUCCCGUUGCUAAUAUAUGCUUUAAGGUGUAUGGAUAUAUCAGUAUGACACAGGCCGUCACCUUUCUACAAGACUUCAAGCUGGGUCACUAUAUGAAAAUUCCACCUAGGACAAUGUUUAUGGCACAGGUGGUGGGGACACUUAUAGCAGGGCUAGUAUACUUGGGGACAGGAUGGUGGCUAAUGGAAACCAUCCCAAACAUAUGUGACACAUCAGUGCUACCCUCCGACAGCCCAUGGACGUGCCCAAGCGACCGUGUGUUCUAUGAUGCGUCUGUGAUUUGGGGAUUAAUUGGGCCACGCAGAAUCUUUGGCGACCUUGGCACCUACGAGGCCAUCAAUUGGUUCUUCCUAGCAGGGGCCGUCGCCCCUGUGCUAGUGUGGUUUGCCCACAAGGCCUUCCCAGAGCAGAAUUGGAUCCGCCUCAUUAACAUGCCUAUCCUAAUAGGCGCAACAGGAAUGAUGCCCCCGGCUACUGCCGUCAAUUACACCAGUUGGGUCAUCGUCGGCUUCCUCUCUGGCUUUCUUCUGUAUAGAUACCGGCAGGACUGGUGGCAGCGUCACAACUAUGUACUGUCUGGGGCGCUUGAUGCUGGCCUUGCCUUCAUGGCUGUUCUAUUGUACUUGUGCUUGGGCUUAGAAGGCAUCACCCUCAGUUGGUGGGGAAGCGACCUAGAUGGCUGUCCCUUGGCUUCUUGCCCAACUGCCAAAGGAGUCGUGGUUGAAGGCUGUCCCGUUUUCACCUGACACUAUGACACUCAGAGACUGAUGUAGUACCAGAUUCAAACCAAUUUAGUAAAUAUUUAUAAAUUUUGUUUUUGAAGACCCAUCUUUGUAUAUACAGGGGGAUGAGGGAUGAAGUAAGUAAGAAGCAGAGAUGACRCGACCAACUCAACUUAAUAAAUAUUUAUUGAGAUAGCACAUAUUUCUAUAUUAA